AAUCUGAUUGAGCCUGUUCUUAUCCCAGAAAAACGGCGAAAAUUUGUAAACAUCGACACUACCGACGUCCCUGCAGUAGCUUCACCACCGCCACGGGAAUCGCGGGAGCAGGAGCGCCAGGCGAGGCCCAGACAACGGGGCCAGUUGAGGCCUGAAAGCGGCAUCCGUCAGGAAGGCUUCAACCCCUUUCAAUGCCUCAUUAUGGGCUUCGUCUUAGGAGCGGUGGUCUGUGCCGUCCUCUACCUGGCCUUGACCACCAAUAUGAGACUGUUUGUCACGACACCAUUGCAAAUAGGGCCCAUAACAGAUUUUCCGGAUCCGACAGGAACACGGCGCCGCCACAAGUUUACGACGGCACGAGAAACGGUGCCGACUGAGUCAACCUUGCCUACGACGCCAGAGAUAUUCCCGCAACCCCUGCACGAUCCCGACCUAGAUGUGUUCCGCUGGCUCAGUGGUUGCGGGAGCAAAGACUGCUGGGAUGUGAUCAACCGUCUGGAGGAAUUACUCAAGGGUCAGGUCGACCCGUGCCUGGACUUCAACGCGUUCGUCUGCAACGUUGCUCCUCGGCCGCGCCGCCUCGCACAGCCGACAACGCAGCCACACGAUUGGGAGACGCAUACGCCAGAGGAUCUGUGGUCGUCUGUGGCACCCCAUCGAUUCAGCGCCGCAUCGUCUUCCCUGCGGCAGUCACAGGUGGCGUCAGCAGGCCUACUCAGCGCCCAGCAGAUGCCGAUAGCAGAUCAGCUGAAGCAAUCCUGCUACGCGUUCGCUUCGUCAAUGCCCAAGGGCGCGUGGAGCGUGAGCCAGUUCCUGUAUCACUUCAAGCUCCACCCUGCCUACAUCGAGCCUCUUGAGAACGAAAACCCCGUAGAUCGGCUCUUCGAAAUUGGCUUCGAGUACGGCGUUCAGCCACUGGUGACAUUCAACCAGCAGUUCGUAUUCACCAGGGACGCGUCAGAACCUGUCAACAUUUCGAUGGACGUGCCUGCCCAGCUGCAAGAGUUUUUCAAGCUCUGGCCUCUCGCGACAAAGGACGCCUGGCACCCUUUCUACGAAACGUGCCUCGCCAACUCGGCAUCUGGCAUGGGCGUGAGGGCGCGCGCCAGAGUGCGCGACGAGGUCUACGAGGUCGACCGACAGCUUUCAGACUUCCUUCACGAUGAUGUGGAUCCUGUUACGAAGAAAAGGUAUGAGGAUUCCUUCUCGCAGUUUACCGCCACAGCCCUGGCGGAAUACACUACCGGCUUCAUGAAACCGGAAGCAUGGCUGGACCUGCUGCACGAUCACGCCCGUGUCCCGCUCGCCGUCUACAACACGGUGCGGGCGAAGAGCCGCGCCGUAGCACUCAUCGCUUUCUUAGGCCGCCCGAGCCAGCGUGUCCCCAUGCGGCGGCUGCUUGGAUGGCAGCUGCUCGUCUAUUUACUGCGAAUAAAAGACGAUGUCAUCGGAACCAUCGAAAGCGCACUUCAGUCCGUGACAAAGCCUCUUGGAUAUCGCAAGAUGACGUCAAAGGAAGCGUGCAACGAGCGUAUCGCACAAAGCUUCGCAGCGAGACGAGGCUCGUAUAGCAUCCAAGAACUCACGAUAAGAGUGCCGUCCCCGAUCCUGCAAAAGGUUGCUUCCAUGAUGGCCACGGUGAUGGAUGCGCUGGCUUCGGUACUGCGCAGUCCAUCCGAGCUCCGAGGCUAUAGUGACGUCGGCCUAGCCCUUACGUACAGCCGCUCUGCCACGGGGUCGAGGUUCAAGGAGUACACCCACGCAAACUACUCCUCGUUCCUGGACCACAUGGACUCGCAAUUUAUGAGGCUCUGGCUGACAGAGUCGAGAACGUACAACGUACAGCCUCCGCUGGUGAAGGCAGUCCUGGCUGCUGUGAGUGGCGUGGGCUGGGGAAAGAGCGCCAGCGAAUUCUUCGAGCCGCCUUACUUCUACGACAGGGGCCCGCCCGCUUACAACUACGCAACUCUGGGACAGAUUUUAGCGGAUAAAGCAAUCAAGAAGCUGGUCACUCCUACCAACGCCGAGUACCGAAUGUAUCGGGACAAAUGGAGAAAGUUUUGGAGAACGAGGAGCCUCAUGGAGUACCAGACUGUCUACUGCAUCCUAGCAAGCGAUCCUGAGUCCGCAGAUAAUCCAACGGUGGAGCAUCUGGACGUCACCAGCUUUCACGGCGACGCCCUGGCGCACGUGAUGGGGACGCAGCUUGCCUACCUCGCAUUGGAGCGCCUCCCGUUUGCAGAGAACCGGGCGCUACCCGCCGUGAAGUUCUCACCGAAGACACUGUUCUCGCUCUUCCACUGCCACUACAGCUGCGCCCGCGGAAGGCCGCUGUACUCGACUGACGACAGGUGCAUGGUGCUGAUGCGCAACUGGGGCACCUUCACCCGCCGACUACCAUGCGGGAUCAAUAUCACACGAAAACUAUUUCGGACGUGUCUGUACGUCUGACAAAGAAACUCGUUCAAUAAUACUACUGGCUACUUUUAACUCUUAUAUCUUCCGGUGUGCCCAUUGAUUGACCACGGCACUAGACAACACAAACGACAGGGCAGGCAACAUGACGGCCACAAGGUGUGUUAUGGCCGUCUAGGUGUUGCUUCUGCCGCUCGUUCCGUAACCUUCAAAUGGGGCUAGUCGAUACAGUUUCGUUUGCAGUGUCGUAACAGACCGAGCACGUGCCGGUGGGCGAGUUGGUUAUACAUGAUUACAAAGAAGGCGCCAAAUAAAACAACAGACGCCCUACGUAGUUGUCUCGUGUCUCCUUCCUUCGUCUGUUGUUAUAUUUGGUGCCUUCUUUGUAAUCAACUAACAAACCAACUAGCUCAACAAUACCAUUCGUUUUCAAUACGCUUUGGUUCCUUCUGCCACAUGCGCGGUUGUUCGGCGGCAAACGUAAUCGACAAAUAAUAUUGGAACAUGUUUCGUAGCAGGCUUGUUAUUAAGAAUAGAAAUGUGUUCGGUUUUAAUAGAAUAUCGUGGGCUAUAGAUCUUGUGCACAACGUUGUUUCGGUGCGGCGGUUUAAUGUGCUAUCGCAGCGAGGCUAACGUGUGUAUGCUCAGCUCGUGGCUCAGCCACCCAUGCGUUUUGUGGAAUACUGUGCGCGUUAUCUUUGACUUUAGGAGAGGAGCGGGCCGUCUGAAGGCCUCUUAGCUUGAAGGCCUGUUUACUAUGCUUUAUGUCUUCAUGCUGCUUGGACUAAAAAUUUUCGUUGCUAAGCCGAGCGUUACGAAAGCAGUAACGUUGAAAUUACCGCUACUGACUCGGGAGCUUUCCGAUUAGAUUCUAUGGCAGUCAGGCAAGCCAGCAUGACUUCAGGUAUCCAAGUUCACGGGUCUUGUGCUAUCUAAGAGGCGUUGGACGUCACCGCCGCUUUUUGUACGUUUUGUGAUAAGCCUGACGUAAAUGGGAUAAUGGGAAGCAUACGGAGAUUCCCUGGCCUGGCUACAUAGAGCACUUGACGCUGGCCAUCUGUUCGCCAUGCAGAAGACUUAACAGCCUCCUCGAUAACACGCCUGUAGCGUGACCGCUGCCUUUUUGCGUGCGUCUACGUAAACAAUCGCAGUGCUAUACCCUGCUAUACUAAUAUAAUCCCGAGGUACUAGGUCAAGUACGGCUUUUGCCGUAAAGAGUACAUGUUCAGCUGAGCACAACCACGACGUGCGGAAGAGGUUUCAAAAUAGAAAAUUGGCGAUGAAGGCGAUACCAGCCACAAUCGUAGCGCUGAUAGUCGAGGUAGUGCUGAAACGUUGAUAGGAGCCAUGGUGAAUGGGCUCAGAUUGCGGCCAAGGCAUGAACACUGAAAGCACAGCCUGUCGGCGUAGCGUGUGAAGUAGGAAACAAAUACAAAACUGUGGCAAGGAUGAGAACACAAAACAGAGGAAGCAAGCGUAUAAGCUUAUGCUCAAUUAUGCUAGUAGGGUUUGUUUGUUUACCUACAAAAUUCAGGGCCAAAUAUAGCGGGACAGUUUAAUUACGGCAGAUUGGUUAAAUGCCUAUACCGCGAAAGUUGCAACACUGUUCGCGAAAUAGCGGUUGGUCGCGCUAUGCUUUAACCAGACCUGGAUAAGGUUACUGCUAUGAAACGUUUAAAAAAAAGCGUUGUAGUACAUACCGCCGUGAGAACUGGUGCGAUGAUGAUGGUGUACUUUAUUGACUUCACACGCCCGCCAAGAGACAAAAGAUGACGAACGUUCCAUUUCGUCAGCAGCAGCGGACGGCUGCCCACAUUUCUGCUUGCGUUCGCGGUGACGGCACGCUAUGGUGACUAAUCGCUGGAGUAAGAGUUCGAUGAUUGUGUGCCGUCAAAAUAAGGACGGCCGAAAAUAACGCAGAAAAAUUCUUCGAAUGACGGAAGCGCGUCGGCUUCUCUCUGGAUGCUCGCGGAUGACACACCGGCUAUUGCCAGGUCAGCUUCCGCGCCAGUACUUUCCGGAAGUCUCGGCGAUUCUAGGUUAUAGGAGCAAUCCGACUCUGCAUCUACACACGACGUUCUAACGGGGGUCUCAGUACAGACGUCCUCAUCACAGAAAACACUUUCUUUGAGCCAACAGGACUUACGCUCACCUUCGGCGGCCGCAGCACCUUCCGGCACGUUCUCCGAGAGUAAGCACUGGUACUGGUUUGACGAGGAACACCAGCCUGUGCGACUUCGCCACGAACACUGGCUGUGUUCAGCUGAGUUCGCUGUGGGAAUCCGCGAUGAAGCAAUAAAACAUGUUCUCGGAGCGAUAAUGGCACCAUCGCAUGGAAUGCGUGCCCCUGGCUGCGUCCUCUUGAGUUUCUCGGCCUUCUUGAUGACGGCUCCUAGAAGGACGCUGCGUCGUAAACGGGCCUCUCGGCGAAGGCGCCUCAGCUUCGGGCGCGAAGUUGACAGGAAAUACUCGACGCUGGUGCCUGAAGCAGGCCGUAUGGCUGGUGACAUUACGCUUGAUUUAGGACGGUCCGAGCACGCGCUGGCCUUACAGAAUGGUCUGUGCCUGAGCGUAAAACCGUCCUCGCACGUCGCGACUUUUGUAUCAGGAAAAAGUUAAAGCAUCAAGAUGCUCUGCGCUUAUUUAUCGCGCAAUGCGCAUUGUACGCAAUCAAAGGUAAUGCGGCCGCAAAGCUGGACUGGGAAAUCUGUCUGCUAGAAGGAAUCGCUAUCGCGGAAACCACGUGGCAACACGUGUUAAUGCGAUGAAUGCUUUUAGUCUACUUCGGCCACUCUGGCAUGCUUCUGCUGCCUGGCAACCAGCCUCUGAAACGUCGGUGUCGUUUCUCACAAAGAAAAAGAAGUGAAAUGGCAUGUACAGUC